AUAUUAUAACAAAAUAAACAUUUUAUUCCAAAGCUUUAAUGUCAUUAUUUCUCAAAAUCUCAUUCAUUUGAGUUCCUUCACACACAUGGCUCCUCUAACAAAUUUGCAUGGUGUCUCAAAAACUUUAAUUCCAACUACAUGUCUUCUUCCAAAUGCACAAAGGACCCUUAAAACAGGACAAGUAGUUACAAAGAAAUUAUCAGAAUGUGAUUCAAUUCACACUACAAGAAGAGGAACUGCAUUAAGCCUUGUUUCUUUAGUCCUUACAUGGCAAUUCAAUGAGAAGAUUUCAUUAGCUAAGGAUAAUGGAUUUUGGAUUGAAGGACCUAUUCCAGAACCUACAGUCACUAAUGAUAUUGCAAAUGAGAAAACGGGGACUCGUUCAUUUAUUAAGAAGAAACUUUACAUGGCAAAUAUUGGUACGAAAGGAAGUGUUCUUAGGAUAAAGAAAUAUGCAUUUGAUCUUUUGGCAAUGGCGGAUUUGAUUGCACAAGACACACUCAACUAUGUGAGGAGGUACCUAAGACUCAAAUCUACUUUCAUCUACUUUGAUUUUGACAAGGUUAUCUCUGCUGCUCCAGUUGACGAUAAGCAGAAACUAACUGAUAUGGCUAACAAAUUGUUUGACAAUUUUGAAAAGCUUGAAGAAGCUUCAAGGAACAAAAACCUAUCUGAAACACAAGCAUGCUAUAAGGAAACUGAAGUUAUGCUUAAAGAUGUCAUGGACAGGAUGACUAUAAUGUAUAAAACAAUUUGACAUGAUUUUAAUCAAGCUGUGUUACUAUUGCUUUUAUCAAAACCAAUUUUGUUUUUUUUACUUUUCUGUGUUGAUUCAAGAUAAUAAUGUUUACCAUGUAGAUAGAUAAAUGUUAUGCAUAGAUGAAUUUCAGAAAAAUUGUCAAA